CAGUCUUUUGUAAGAAGUGUGUGAGAGGUUAUUAUUGUUUCAAUUGUAUUCUAAAAGUUGGUUUUAUUUACUUAUUAUAUUGUUCCAAUGGAUGAAGAACCCAGUAAUAGUAGAGGCAAAAAGUUUAAGUACGAGUCAAGUUGGAAGAGAAAUAAAAUCAAACAUGCAACAGUAAAAGGUAAUGAAUAUGUUGACUACAAGAAUAGGGUUGUUCCUGCUGUUACUUCUGGACCACAUUGUGGAUGUAAACAGGAGUGUACUCAACGUCUGGCUGAAAGUGAAGGUGAAAUAUUUGUUAGAUUAAGAAGUUUUGACACGAAGAACGAGCAAGACGUGUUCCUACAAUCUCUAAUAACAAGCCAAAAUGUAAAAAAAAAAACACAGGCACAGAAAACAAGUAGCAAAUGCAAGGACGUCUCAUGAAGAAAACUUCAAUUCUUAUGUAAUCGUAGGAGAUCACAAAGAGCAGGUAGGAUUAGUAGGCUAGUAGUGGUCACCUAGUCAGUAAUGGUCACUUACAGUGCAAAAUUGUAAUUUCCAUGGCUAACCAAUCAGAUUACAGCUCAUUUAUACUUUUAAUGCAUUCAGAAACAUCUGUUUUAUAUACCUGGAUUCCUAUUGGCUAGUUGCCAGUUCUCAUCAUCUGUGUGAAAAAGAACUUCAGGUCCACCUUCACAUUAUUUACAGAUUUCUUCUCCAUCAAGGUAAGAGCAUACUCUUUUUUAUCAAGUAGCAUCUAAGUUUUGUAAAUGAAAGGGGGGAGGGAGUCUGCGUCAAAUAUAGCAAAAAACAUAUUUUUAACAACAAUUUUUUUAUUUGUUUAAAUUAUUCUUCAAUAUUUCCCUGACCCAUUUAUAUAAGUAUAACCAUGGAAAUAUCAUUUUAU